UUUGAUAGUGUGCUUCGUUAGUCUUCUUGCUUUGGAGAGUAUGGAAAGAAAAGCUCCAGAAGCUCUACAAGCUCCUGUUUCUGUUGGAGAUCCAGGUGAGACUGACCUACAGCCACCCCAGCUGUCCUUGGAGGAUCGGGCCUUUCUCGAUGAGUUUGGCCGGCGCAUCUCUGUCGCCGCCGGCUCAGCUGCCUUACUUGGUGGAAUUGGUUUCUAUGGCCUUGCCAGGCAGAUGGCUUUUAAGAGAAGAGGCCUUUGGACAACCUUCGGUGUCACCGUGUGCCCAUUCAUUGCUUGGUACAUCGUGAUCAACAAGGAACGAGAGCGAGUCAUGGAUUUGGCCAGAAAGCUCCAGUUCGAUGGCGGGCCUGGUUUGCCGUCUCCACAUACCUCACAGAUGUCUGGUGAUGAGGCGUUAGCAAAGCUCUUUCCACCUGCACCCACACUGGGUGCGGGUGCUGGUGCACCAGCCGUGCCAAACAGAGGAUUCGGAUGGCCGCUGUCCCAAAGAUGUGCAGCACAAUGACGGGGUGCCAUGGGGCCUCAAGGAUUCCCCCAGCGUCCUGAUGGAGCUUGGACCUGGCCAAAGUGAGCCGAAGGCAAGCAUGUUUGGAGCAAACGAUGGAUGAAGAGACGUGUCCUAUUUGAGAAAGAGGUGGCGCAUCGGGCCGGAACAGUUUUGGCUUUGCUCAGCUAAGAGCCAAAGAUCGAAAAGAAGACCGCGACAAGCGUCGUGAAGGUCUUCGGACACUGUUUGCCAUGUCUUCUUUCCUUCGCGAAGGAAUGUACAUAAGGAGAACCAUGGAUAGUCAAAGAAAGCGCAAGGG